AUGGGUGAAAAAGGAUAAUAGAUGUAAGAAGAUCCCUCAACUAAAGAGUUAAACAACUUUGUGCAAACACUCCUUAAAUAAAUGUAAGAUCGAUUUGAUGAAAUGCAAAAUACUAUUGUAACCAGAAUUGAUGAUAUGGGUAAUCAAUCAAAAUCUCAUCAUUUUAUUAGGAAAACGCAUUGAAGAUAUUGAAAAGAGUGUUACAGAACUCAUGAAUGAUCUAGGAUUCUCAGAUGAUGAAAAUGAAAAAGGGGGCAAAUAGUAUUGA